UUCCGCCAUGGAAGUUCUUUACGAGUCAGCAAAUUUUUCGAUAAAAUGACUAGUUCAGUUGAAGUAAUUGAAGAUAAUUCACAAUUGAACGAAAAUGAAACUAACAUGGAUUUUGCAACUUCUGAAAAACAAGAAGCACGUGCAUUUUUACGUGAACGAUUUCUCCGUGUAAUUACUGGAAUUGUUGGUAAACAAGCAGAUUUUUACUUAUACGAAAAUACGCGGGUUUCUGCCGAGUUUAGAGGUUGUGAUGUAGAAUGCUUGGAAGUAUAUACACGAAAUUUGGAAACACCAUUGGGCAAGAUUCCAGAAGCUGUUCUAAGAACAAGUGACAUUAUUUAUAUGGAUAUGAAUGACAUUAAUGUAGUACAAUAAAUUUUCAAAAUACAGAUCGCCAAAGUUCAAGUGGCUACGUCGAAUAAAGCUUCGACGCAUCACAUCUCGAGAUCGAAUAAUUUUGACGCCGCGUCGAAAGACGUGAGGAAUUUAAAAAUUAACAAGGAAACGAGGCGAAAGGAAUUCGAUUUUGGGAAUGAAGAGAGAUACAGAGAGGAUUUACAGAAUUUUUCGGAGGAACGGGGAAAAUCAUCGAUCGUUCACUGCAGAGCAAUUCGAGAUGUUUACAUACCAGAAGUGAAACGGAAUCUACCAGCUGUAGCGUGUAAAUUUGGCAAUAAUACUUUCAUUUUAUCAAGCGAAAGAUUUCUCGAAGAUCGACGAUUAUAUCUGGAUAUAAGAAUCGACGAGAAUAUAUUUGAAAGUAUAAAAUAUACUUCGAAAAUGUCCAGAGCCAA